AUGGUCGUCGAUGAUGCAUACUACAUUACGCCUCACGAGGCAGCACUUGCUGCCGUGGCAACAUCCAUGAAAAAAGCUAGAUUGCAGUUUAAUACUUUAGUCGUGAAUGCAAUUCUUGGUGGGAUACUAUUUAGUUCGGGAUCAAUAUUAUGUGUCGCGAUACACUCAGAAAAUCCUGGGAUAGAGGAAAAUAACCCUGGGAUAUUAAAUAUGAUGUCCGGUAUUGCUUUUGGUAUCGGUCUUUUCUACGUGGUCAUAAUGGGAGCCGAUCUUUUCAAUUCCAAUAUUCUAUUCUUCUCCGUUGGAGUGCUGAGAAGAGCUGUAUCAGUUUUCGAUCUACUCGUAUCGUGGACAGUAUGCCUUUUCGCCAAUCUUGGUGGGUCUUUGCUUGUCUCUUAUGUUUUUUGUCAUCUAUCUGGUGUGAGUUCACAGCCGCUCUGGAAAACCGGUUCUCGAGCACUCGUCGAAGGCAAGGCAAGCUUCUCGUUUAUUGAGACUAUGUUAAAAGCUAUUGUGGGUAACUUUUUGGUGUGUCUUGCUAUCUAUUUACAACUAUUAGCAAAGCCUAUUCAUGUCAAGUUUAUGGUAUUAGUGGCACCAAUAUUUACUUUUGUUGCAUGCGGGUUCACGCAUACUGUAGCAGAUAUGACAUUGUCUUUUAUUGGUAUGCUUAAUGGAGCCGAUGUCUCGGUUGGGAAAUACAUUUGGAAGCUACUCAUUCCUGCGGUUAUCGGUAAUAUUAUUGGUGGAUUUUCGUUCAGCCUCGUAGUACCAUUUUAUUUGCAUCUAGUUGUGGUUGAACGCGAUAGAAAGAGACUCUCUUUACCUGAGUAUGAGGCUAGAGAUGAGCAACCGGAACUUAACUUUGAUUCCAGAGUUGUUAGGAUCACUCCUCAUGAAAAUAGAGCUGAAGAAGAGGAUGCAGAAGAAGCUGAGGAGUCCGAAGGAGACAACUUGGAUGGACUUUCCGAAAAAAGAGCGACAGAUGAUUCGUUUAGCAAUCAAGAAGAUGAGAAUAUCGAUCAUGCUAAUUUUCAAGGGUCAUAUGCCUCACUGCCAGAAGAGAGUGCUCCUCGCGCGUACACCGCUUCGGAUGUACCUUCUAACCUGCUAACAAGGUUCAGCACUCUUAAAUCAAAUUAUAGCGGACAUUCUCUUAUCUCCACACGUUCGAGAAAACGUCCUAUAUUGAGGUCACCGCAGGGUGUAUUUCCGGUUAGAGGAAUGGGUGAGCCUCUUGCAAGAGAGAAAACGAUUGAAAAUCCAUAUUCAGUAUCUGCCCGUUCUUCUAUUGAUGGUUUUGAUUCUGUCGAAGCAAAGAAAAUUCAAAUACCCCGCAGUCUGCCGAUAAAACGAUCCCAAACUGAAGUACCACCAGCAUCUAGAGCUGUGGAUGACAGAAGUGAUGAGGUUCAUGAAGCAGGUAGCUAUAGCGCAAUUGAUGAUAGGCCGGGUGCAAAGUUGGAGAGAGCUAUAACGAGAUUAGUUGAGCGUAAACCUCGAGAAAGAAAAAGUACUGCGGAACUACCAAGAACCACCCAAGACACGUUUCCUUUCAACAGACCCGCAGCUAAUAGUCGCACAUACUCCGAACGUCCCAGCUCAAGAAACAGUAGCCUCUUUAGGACAAUGUCGCAACAGUUUAUACCGAGAAGGCAUUCCGAAAAUAUAAACGAUUUUAACAAGGAACUUAAGCAGGCCGGAGUAUCUCAGAAGGCUGCCGCCUCAUCCAACAGUGUGGCUGGCAUUGCAAACUACAGUCCUAUGGAUUUUCCGACACCAAUAACGGCUCCAUUGAGGAAACACAAUUCCCAUAGCACGCCUUAG